CAAACUAGUAUUUGUCACUGCCACGGGGAAUGUAGUUUAUUAAAGAGAGGGAAUGCACUACGAGAGGUAGGCGGUAACAAGAUUUGAACUACAAAUCCCAGAAUAUCAAUACCCGACCCACCUCUUCACUCUCUGCUCCCUCCCUCGACCGCCCCUGUUUUGUUGUUUGGCUAAAGAUGGCGUUAGCGGCUAACGCAGGCGAUUGCAUUUUGUUUCACCAAAAUUGUUCGGCCAGUGGUAACAAAACAUUGAUGAAAUAGAGGUUUAAUUCGUCAUUUGAUGUGUAUAAAUACGCUACACUGAGCAAAUACACGUCCAUUGCGUAGAAUAACGCUGGUUGGCCUUCUCACGAUGUAGGCCUGUUUCUUUAGGGAGUGGACCGAAGCGGUUGGAACUCCAUCUCCCGGCAGCGACUGCGGCGUCAGGUGGUACAACUUUCAUUUCUCGUGCUGGUAUCUGUAGUUUCCUGAUUGCACCGAACUGUUAUUUUUGUGUAAACUUUAAAGAAAAUGACUGAGCACGUUCUCACUAGUUUGAGGACCUCAAUUUAAAGUGAGAGGACAUGUUAAUUCAUUUGUCAGUAUUUCACUGGAAGCGUCUUGUGCUGCUUCCUGGUGUCUGUAAUGUCUGCUUAAGCUGAGAAGAGUAAAACUUAAUAAAUCUGUCGGGAUCAUGGCUGCAUCACCUGUGCAAGGUGACUGGAAACACUCAAAAACACCCUCUAAAGAAGGACACCCAUCCUCACCGGAGUCCUCGUUGACCUGGUGCCUGGCUCACCUCUCCAAACCUGGAUCUGGAGCUGAACCUCAGGGCCAGGGCCAGGCAGACUCCGGCAGUGGCAAAGAAAUGGACAAGAGGUCCAGGGCCUCUCAGUGGCGAGCUCUAGUUGCUAUCCGGACGCAGCACAUCAAGGGUGACAAGGCUGGCAUCACCCGAUUCAGAACUCAAGGGGGUCUGCGGCCCCUGUUGGACCUGCUCAAACACCCUGAAUGCUCUCGGAAAACUCUGGACCUGGCUCUGAGCAUCCUGGCCAACUGCUGCACAGAGCUGGAGACACGUUUAGAAGUUCGUAAACUUGAUGGAAUCAAUAUUGUAGUGGACAUCCUGAAGAGAAAUGUGACACUGGAGACCGUCCAGAACCGAGCAGCCCGGGCUUUGGGAAACUUGGCCAUGGAUCCAGAGAGUUCUGCACUCAUCCACUCUGCUGGUGGUGUUCCUCUCCUCCUCCUCUGUGUGUCGCUGUCCUCUGCCCCGUCUUCCCCCACAGCUGCUCCACCCAAAGACCCCUGUCCCAAGCUGGAGUGCGCUCAGUCGGCUGCUCGGGCCCUCCUCUACCUCUCAGAUACACCCGCUAACCGCCUGUCGUUGCUCACCCAAGGGACCUUAUCUGCCCUCGCCCCUCUAAUUGCUCCAGAGUAUCCCCAGGCCUUGAGGCGGGCGGCACUCAGGACCCUCCACGAGUUGACCCGAGGCUGUGGUGUUGAAUGUGCCAGGGAGGUGUCCCGCUCUGGGGUCCUCGCUCAGCUCGGUGUCUUGGCGUCCGGGGAGUCUGGCAAACCUUUUGAAGAGGUGGCGCUCAAAACGCUGGCCAACAUGUGCUCCCAGGGCUGCCUGCGGCCUCUCGUUGGGUCACUGGGAGUCAUUCAGAAGUUCACAGAGGAGGUUAAGCGAGACCCUCUGAAGUCGGGAGUCUUCCUCAGGGCUUUGUGUUUGUGCUGCAAAGAGGCUGUGAACCGGGCCAAGGUGAAGGAGAGCGGCGGACUGGAGGUGCUGAUUGGCUUUUUGUCCGCUCAUCAGAGUCAUCCCCUUUCCCGGCUCGCUAUUCUGGCCUGUGUAGACUUUGUGUUUGAUGAGGCGGCCAUGGAGCAGUUGCAGGAGUUGGGGCUGGUCCCUCUUCUUGUCUCACGACUAGUGGAGCUCACCAGAGGAGAGGAGCAGUCGACUGAGAAGAUGGACGUGAGCCUCUCAUCCAGCAUGUCUCCCACUGAGCUGCUGCCCUCUUCGUGUUUGGAUUCCUUUGACUUUCCUCCUCCUGAGGGGUACAAGAAGGAGGAAGCUGGUCGAGAGCAAGGUCUUUGUUCAUCAAGCUUUUUGAGUCUCAGGUCGUGGUUGGUGUCUGAAGGAUUGAUUUCUUCUGAAGGAGAUCUGCUAGAUUCCUCCAGUGUUGACGGGGAAUGGGGGACUCUUCAGAUCCCACCGUCGUCAUCCCCUCAAACCUCUUCCCCAAACCCAUAUUCUAGUCCCUUUCUUAAAAAUUCUUCUGCAUCCACUCCUAUGGUCCCCUCUGCUUCAAAGAAAGCACCUCAGCCUUCCCCUGUUUCCUCUUCAUCGUCGUUUAAAAUCACAGAUCUGACUCCCUCCGCUGCAGUCACACCUCAAACCCAGCCCAGUUCCUCCUCCAUCUCCUCUCCCACUAAAUCAACACCCGUCUCUCCGUCAAAGUUCUCAUCGCCACACAAAAGAAGACAGCGGGUUCAUUCGGCAACUUGUCUGACUAAAGUCAUUCUUGACACCCCUCCAUCUGUGCCCCGCCCGAACGCUUACCACCACCCCUACCACCCCGAACCCUGGACGGCCGAGUCUCCCAUCCUGCUGCUGCUGUCGCGCUUUUCCCACGUCACCGACCCCAGCGCCGCUCUGGUCAGCUCAGGCGUCAUGUCCGGCCUGCUCUACUACCUCACCCAGCACCAGGACCCCAGCAGCAGAUGCUUCCGUAUGCUCUGCCGGCUGAGCUGCAACCCAAACUGUUUGCAGUCGCUGGUCCGGACCGGUUCUGUAGCGCUGAUUCACCACCACCUCUGCCAAAGAGAGGGUGGGUGUGAGGGAGAGGAGCGGCAGACGGACCGAGUGAAAGCUAAAGUUAAACAGCUCGGCGUCACUCUUCUGAAUAAUCUGCGUGUUCAGUGUGAGUCUGGAUUUGGCUCUGGGGUUCUUGCACAUGUGAUGCUGUCUGGCUCCGAGUCCGACAAGAUGAACUGUGCAUUUUCUCUGCCAUUAAUCAGCAGUAACAAGUCCCUGUUGAAGAAGCUCCUCCUGGACAGUGGUGGUCUCCUCUUGGCUCUGCAGCCACUCGGCUGUGAUGAUGAUGAUGAUGCAGAUGACGACCACCCUGCUGAAUGUGGACGACUGCUAUCCGACUUGUUUAAUUCAGGUUUGACCUCUCAGCUCCACUCGCUCUACUUCUCUCUCCUGAUCGGAUGCCUGUCGACUCUGACCGGUACCAUUAAAACUGACAUAAAACUCAUGAAUCCACUUCCAACACGGUCAGUCAGUAAAACUGGUAGAGUUUCACCUCCUCCCUCGAAAAAGCCUCGAUUAGCCGACACAUGUCCCUACGGUGUCUCUCAUUUUGACCUGCUCCUGCUGCUGGACGACGGGACCCGGGUCCCAGCCAACAGGGAGGCUGUGGCCGGGGUGGAGGACUCGGACGGAGUCGGCUCUGAGUACUUCAGGGCUCUGUUGAGAGGCGGCUUUGGAGAAGCUCAGGGUAACGCAGAAGAAGCCAUCCACAUUAAAGAUGUCAGCACAGGUAUGUUGCUACCGGUGCUGCAUUACCUGCAUGGAUGUCGCCUCACAAACACCGAAACAACACAGGAAAUUGGGGAAGGAAGGAGAAAAGGGCAGUGUCAUAUUUUAAAUGAGUUGGUCCUCGAUGGACUGAAUAUCUGCCAGAAGGAGACAGAGGAGCACUCAGCAGAGGAUUUGGCUUUCCACAAAACACCUUUAGGUGAGGCCAUGAUUGGAGCUUGCAGAUUUUUGGUUACUGAGCUACAGAGAGAGUUAGAGGACCUCUGUGUGUCACUUCUUCUGCCCUGCUCCACGAAGACUCCAGCUCCCUCAGAGGACAGUACUGAAAAGGCUGCACCUAAAAUGGAUCAAGAAGUCAGUGAGUCCGCUGAGGAGAACCUUGCUAGUCGAACAUCUGAGCUAGAGCUGACUGGAACUAAGAUGCAAACAGAAAAUGUGCUCGAGCAGACCAAGAAGCUGAUCAGCCCUUUAAAUCAAACAGACAGUAAGAAAUCGUCUUUGGUUGGAGCAGGACAGAGAGUCAGCAAAGGACUGAGUACAGCUUCAGAUAAGAAAACAAUCAAAACUUCUAAAUCAGAGGGCAAAUCAGUGGAUCCAGAAGAGUUGACAUUACGACCAAAGAACUUGAUGAAAGGUUCAGCACAGCUUGUGAAAUCAGCAGCUCAGGGCUCUCAUUCUUCCUCAGAAACCGUUGCUGGAGGUAGAGCUCUGGCUGCUCUGCUUCCACACGUGUACUGGUUUUCCCAGCGAUACAGUUAUCCAACGCUGGGCCGGGCCUGCCUGUCUCUGCUGCUGGGCUGUCAGAACUGUCCUCGGCCCUUCUUGUCCUCCUCCGUUGCUGGGGAUUGUCUUCGCAGACUGGCCAGAGAGGCUGACUGUACAGAGACUCUGAAACAGGAUCUACUGAGUCUAGCCUCAGCUGCUCUGAGCUGAACAAGGAGGGAAAUACUGACUUUUGUGAUCAGUAGCAUAAAUUCAGAGGCCACACAGUAAGUUAGAGUUGACUUAAUAAGCUUCUGAAGUUGCCAUUGUCUUAUUUUUAUCAAAUACCGGCUACAACAAUAGCACGAAUACUCGAAAAACAUGCUGUAUGAAUUUCUUCGGCACUAAUGACAGUGACUGGUGAUUUAUUGUCAUAAUUUUGAGGCAAGCGUUUCUGUUUAGUUUUGAUAUAAUUGUAACCCGUCCCAGCAUGACAUACUUCCGUUAUAAUUUACUGUUGUUGUAAUUUCUAACGCCAUUUGUGUUGUGAUUUUUUUUUUUUAAAUUUUGUUUGGGAAAUGUUUAAGCAGAUUCUCUACAAAGUGUCAUGUAGCUGGAAUAAUCAGGGUUGGUCUCAGAACCAGUUGUUUAUUGUGUACAUAGAGAUGAUAUGGAAUAGCAGAUCUACGGUGUCUAAGUUUCAACAGAUCCAUACGCCACUGAAUAUAUUGUUGGAACAUCA